ACAAGAAAGAGAAUUAGACAGAAGCACAGUACUGGACCAGAAAAUGGACUCAUCUGUCAAGAGCCAGGACUUGGAAGAUACAAGCAAAAAUGAGCUGCCUGAGCAAACUUCUCUUACCUUUAACUAUAUGCAUGUAAAGUUGGAGGAGCAUGUCCAGCUGGAACAAAGCACCAAAGAAAUGAUCAUGGAGAAGACCAGAGAGUACUGUACUAGUGGUCCAAAACUUCUAGUCAAGAUUCUCUUCAGUAUCUUCCCUGUGCUCCAGUGGUUUCCACGCUACAAAAUUAAGAAGUACCUGCCUGGAGACAUUACCUCAGGGCUCAUAGUUGGUAUUGUUACCAUUCCUCAGUCAAUAGCUUACUCACUCUUAGCAAACCAAGACCCAAUCUAUGGCCUGUACACAAACUUCUUCUGCUGCAUCAUCUACUUCUUCAUGGCAACUUCUCGCCAUAAUUGUGUUGGAACAUUCGGAGUGCUCUGUCUCAUGAUAGGGGAGUCUGUCAGCAAACAGUUAAAGGCUGCUGGGUAUGACACAGAUGGAACAACUACAACAGCAAUAAAUUCAACACUAAUUGCCAACGUUACUGUCUGUGACAAAAGCUGUUAUGCAAUCACUGUGGCUACAUCACUUACCUUCAUUGUUGGAGUUUACCAGAUCCUUCUGGGAGUUUUCCAGUUAGGUUUCAUUUCCAUGUACUUGUCUGAGCCCUUGCUGAGCGGAUUCGUUACUGGAUCGUCACUCACUAUUCUCACCUCGCAGAUGAAGUAUCUGUUGGGUCUGAAGCUGCCUCGACGUGAUGGUGCUGGGGCCUUGGUUCUGACAUGGAUUGACAUCUUUCAAAACUUGAAAAGCACUAACAUCUGUGAUCUAGUAACCAGUAUAGCUGCAAUAGCUAUGAUUGUGCCAGUGAAAGAAAUAAAUGAUAGGUUCAAAAGUAAGAUGAAGGUUCCUUUUCCAGUAGAACUGGUAGUGAUUAUAGUGGCCACCUUAGUUUCCCAUUACUUUAGCUUUAAUAAAACCUAUAAAUCCUCCAUUUGUGGUACCAUCCCAACUGGAUUCAAAGUCCCCAAAGCUCCAGACUGGAGCCUUAUCCCUAACAUUGCUGCUGAUGCCGUCCCAAUCGCAAUAAUCGGUUUUGCAAUGACAGUCUCCCUUGCAGAAAUAUUUGCCAAAAAACAUGGAUACACAGUUAGCAGCAAUCAGGAGAUGAUAGCUAUUGGCACCUGCAAUUUUAUAACAUCUUUCUUUUCUGGGUUUGUGAGCUGUGCUGCUUUGGCCAAGAGUCUAUUAAGAGAGAGCACUGGGGCAAAUACACAACUCAAUGGUAUCAUCAGCUCUUGUGUUCUAUUGCUGGUACUGCUUGCUAUUGCUCCUCUUUUCUAUUCUCUGCAAAACUGUGUUUUAGGGGUAAUUACUAUAACCAGUCUCAGAGGGGCACUCAGAAAAUUUGCAGAUACUCCAAAAAUGUGGCGAGUAAGCAAAAUUGACACUGUUGUUUGGUGGGUCAGCAUGCUGGCAUCUUCCUUGAUCUCAACAGAGAUAGGUCUGCUGGUGGCUGUUUGCUUUUCAAUCCUCUGUGUUAUCUUUCGCACUCAGAGGCCAAGGGCUACCCUUCUAGCUAAAGUAACUGGCACAGAGAUAUAUGAAGACCAGUUCACUUACAAGGAGCUCAGCAACAUACCCAAUGUUAAAAUAUAUCGAUUUGAUGCUUCCCUCUACUAUGCCAACAAAGAUUAUUUUAAGACAACCCUGUAUAGCAAAACUGGAAUCAAUCCUUCUUUAGUAUCUGCAUUACAGAAGAAGGCCAAAAAAGAGGAGGAAGCUGCAGCCGGAGAAACAAAAAAUAGGUUUGUUGCAAGGUUCAAUAUCAUUAAAACGAAGGCUAAGGUGCAUGCAUCUACCUCGGUCUCUGCCCCUCAGCUUGACAUCCAUUCCCUCAUCAUCGAUUGUGGCGCCAUGCAGUUCAUAGACACAGUGGGCCUUAGUGUGCUGAAAGAGAUUAAAACUGAUUACGAAGAGAUCGGAGUGAGAGUGUUUUUGGCAAACUGCAAUCCAUCUGUGCGCAACAUGCUCAAUAACGGAGGUUACAUGAGCAAUUUAGGUAGUGGCGUUGAUUUGCAUAUCUUUCAUAGUGUGCAUGAUGCUGUCAACUUUGCUGAAAGGAAAUACAGAGAGAAGCAGAGGGAACUUCAGAUGAAUGAUGCUGCUUUCUCCUUUGACCCUAACCAAGCUAUUAGUGAUGAUCUUAAAGACUAAGCCACAUGCAUGGUUAAAGGUAACAUAAGCUCUUGCAAAAUUUAUUGUAGGUCUGCUGAUUUACAGAACAGAGUCAGUUCUUUGCUUCUAUUAUUCUACAGAGUUCCAUCUUGGUUUUUCUUCAUGUUUGCCAUUUUCUUUCUUAUUGCACUUAUAAAUUCCUUAACAUAUUAUUAAAUAAAAAAGGAUCUUAUGUA